AUGGUUCAAUUUCUCCUUUCACAUGGCGCAAAUAUUAAUGAAAAAGAUAAAAAUGGAAAAACACCUCUUCAUUAUGUUGCAAGUUGUGAUAAAUUAGAUUUGGCGAAACUCCUUCUUUCACAAGGAGCAAAUAUCGAUGAAAAAGAUAGUAAUGGUGAAACACCUCGUUAUAUCGCAAAUAUGAACUAUAAAAGAGAAAUUGCUGAUUUUCUUUUAUUGCACGGGGAAAAUUAUUCUUGA